AUGUGCUCCAGCCAGGACAAAGACCAGUGCCACCAGCAAGAACAAUCCUCAUGCCACGGCAGUGAAGGAUGUCAUGGGAGCAGUGGUGGAUCUGGUUGCCACAGGAGCAGCGGUGGAUCCAUAUGCCACAGAAGCAGUGGUGGAUCUGGAUGCCAUGGGAGCAGUGAGGGAUCCUGCCAUGGAAAGCCACAGCAGCAGAUUUAUCAAGUAUCCUCAAAAAUGAAGUGA